AUGAAAGUCAGCGUUUCCGCAGCCAUAUUCCUGGCCUUUGUAUCUUUUCAUCAAGCAAGUGGUUCAAUGAUUCGCCAUGAGAAUAGCAAGAAAGAAAUCAUGUUGCCUGAUGGUUCUUUGGUUAACCCAAUGAAAACAGCUAGUGCAGAAUAUGGAGGACCUUGUAGAGAUUGUGCAGCGGACCCCUCAGGCACAUGUUUUAUGCAUAGACUACCAGAAUAG